UUCGGUGUGAUUCGUCAUUUUUCUGUUUAGGUUUUCAACUCUUAUCUCAAAAUCAAAUCAAUCGGUUUUAUUUUUCUGUUUGAUCUACCACUGACUUUUUUGAUAAAUAUUUAUCCAUCCUAGAAAGUUCAGUAAAAGUUCGGUUAUCACAAAAGUGUGAAGAGUAAACAAAGAGACGGCUUGAUAUAUAAAAGUCUGUGGAACAAAAGUAAAGACAGAGAGAGAGCAAGAUUAGCUCUUGGUAAUUUGAAACUUUGCAAAAUGAUUUUGGCUCUUUUGUUAUUGUGCUCAACGAUUACGCAAUUUUCUGAUGGAUACGUGAUUGGUGGUGGAACACAGCCAGGAGGAAACCAAAACAACCCAAACAGUCCAACGUAUAAUGGAGGAAUCGGUGGUGGAGUCUACCCGGGUGGUGGAGGAAACAACGGAGGAGUUCAAAGAGACGAAGGUGGUUACUGUAACAGUAAUACCGACUGUAGAUCCGGUCUCUAUUGUACGGCUUCUGUAAAUGGUGUAAAAAUAUGUCUAUCGACUAGCAAUGGAGGUGGUGGAAAUGGAUUCCCAUCUGGAAAUGGAGGAUGUCAGACUUCUUCAAAUUGCCAAUAUGGUUCAGUUUGUGUCGUUACCAAUGGUCAGGGCAACUGCCAAAUUCAAACAGGAGGAUACGUGUCUCCAGCAAGACAGGACUUCAACGAAGACGUAUUUUCAAAAAAUGCUCCCGAACCAGGAAAAAUAAACAGUGGAUGUGAGAGAGACGCAGAUUGUGAUGAUGAACUCUCGUGUACAAUGUAUUUUGGAGAAAUGAUGUGUAGAUCACCAAUCAAACCACUAAUACCUCUUCGUUGUGAAUCAGAUGCCGAAUGCCCUUCAACAGAAUAUCUAUGUGUUUUCAGUACAGCUAUGCAAGACAGAGUUUGCUAUAAAUAUGGAGACGUCGUGACAGAUGGGUACGUCAUUCCUAUCAAACAUAAAAUCUCAAUGGAAUUAAAGAAAUCAACAACAACAUCCUCUCCACCAAUAACCACCACGCAUCUGUCUAAACCAGAGGAAUCAAAUGGACUUUUUGCCGAAUCAGAGGCAAUCUUUGAGCAACCAGGAAGUCUUUUGACUUCUGCCCUUCAAAAACGCGCAGAUAAAAUGUCUCAAAAUGGGCCAACACCUCCGAUGUAUGUAAAAAUGAGUGACAUUCCUUCUGAACAUGUGAUUGCUGGACAGCAUGACGGAGAGGCUGUAAGAAUUACAAAAGUAGUUGUGAAAGAGGAAAAGGAAAUGGAAGAAAAUGGUGAAACUAGAGAAAAAGUGAUUCCCAAAAUCGGAGAAGGAGUGGGGAUGGUUGAUGAUGAACCAAUUGAUCCAAUGGCAACUGUAUGUCAAUUUGAUUAUCAUUGUCGAAUGGGAGAGAGCUGCUCUGGCCGAGUUCGGUUUGUUGACCGUAAUGUUACAGUUUGUCGCUAUGACAUGUUCAAAAAACAUCGUCAAUGCCUCUAUCAUUCGGAUUGUAUAUCAGGACAGCGAUGUACUCCAACAGGCAGAGACAUUGCAACUUGUGAGACAGAUAUUUCCGCAACGAUUGGUUCAAUUCAAUGUUUUUACGAUUAUGAGUGUUCCGGUGGUGAGAAGUGUACUCUUGUUGAUGAGAAGGAACGCAAAUUUGUUUGUCGACCAUCACCAACUUCCGAUCCAAGAAUGAAUCAGAUAUGUACUACAAACUCGCAGUGUCCAUUCCAACAGGUGUGCCGUCAAUCAGGAGGAGUAUCAUUGUGUGUCGAUGUGUCCAUUGCGAGAAACCCUGCAUUACUCCAUGAACGUCUUUGGCGAUUCUUACGCAAUUUCAUCUUGCGGACACUUUAACGGUUUCCGCCAUUUUUACGACUUUUAAUUUAUUUAUUCUCCAUCCUUCAACUCGUUCCGUUAUCCCGUCACUUUUUUCUUUUUUUCCAUUUGUUUAUGUCAAGCUAUAAAAUUGAAAUUGAUU